CUUUGCCUAAAAAAAGAAAGCACACCCAUGCGUUCAGGUGUCAGGGUGUAGGCGGUUUUAGCGCUCUCGGUUCUUUUCUUCCGUUGUUGUUGUUGUUUUUAAGUCACCCUCGUUAUACUGUGUGGUUGUUUUUGUUUUUUUUGUGUGUGGUGUAUUUGUCCCGAGAUGACGGCACAGGUAGACUACCUGGCGGUGCUGUUCGCGGCCACAUCUGGCGUGAGCGGAGACCUGCUGGGGUCCGACGAGAAGGAGCUCGCGCAGCUAGCGUGGCAGCUGGUGGACGUCAAGAACAAAAAGCUGGGCAAGGUGAACGAGCUCCGGGUUAAGCCCGAGCUCGCAGACUUGACAGAGGAGAAGGAGGAGGAGGAGGAGGAGGAGGAGGGGGAGAGCGGAUCCUGCGCGGAUGUCACCUCCACGGCCACAGACCUCGAGAACGCGUUAAGCCAGUUUCAUCUGAGACUGACAAACGAGGUGAACAGCGCCGACGCAGGCACGUCCUUAUAUUUGUGCACGGACGGGCAGCUCCACAUCCGCCAGGUGAUUCACCCUGAAGCCGCCGGGAAGAACAUCCUGGUGCCGGAGUGCUUCUACAGCUUCUUUGACUUGCGGAAAGAGUUCAGGAAGCAUUUCCCCAGGUCUGACCUGAAAACUCUGGACGUGCGCCUCAUGGCAGACUCUCUCAGUAUACCCGUUGAUGCACCGGCCGUGUCGGAUUCGUCCGCCAUAUUGGGCCCAGAAGCAGCAGUGCAGCAGGUCCAGACUAUGACCAGCAUUGUCCUCGCGCUGCUCUCCGAGCCCCUAUGUCACACGUUUUCUCACCCAGAGAGAGUCAGUGAGAAGUUCGAGACCGGCACUUGCAGCAAGACGGAGAAAGUGGGUGACAACACCGUGAUCAGGGCCCGAGGGCUGCCGUGGCAGUCGUCCGACCAGGACAUCGCUCGCUUCUUCAGGGGACUCAACAUUGCCAAAGGCGGAGCUGCGUUGUGUCUUAAUGCUCAGGGGAGGAGGAACGGGGAGGCUCUGGUUCGCUUCGUCAGUGAAGAGCACAGAGACUUGGCUCUGCAAAGACACAAGCACCACAUGGGGAACAGAUACAUCGAGGUUUACAAAGCAACAGGGGAGGACUUCCUGAAGAUAGCGGGAGGUACCUCCAACGAGGUGGCGGUGUUCCUGUCGCGCGAGGACCAGGUCAUAGUGAGGAUGCGGGGUCUCCCCUUCACCGCCACGCACGAGCAGGUGCUGGUGUUCUUCGCCCAGGAGGACGGCCCCAAGGAGUCGUGCCCGGUCAGCGGCGGGAAAGACGGCAUCCUGUUCGUCCGCUACCCGGACGGACGUCCCACGGGCGACGCCUUCGUCCUGUUUUCCUGCGAGGAGCAUGCCCAGAGCGCUCUGAGGAAGCACAAAGACAUCCUGGGCAAACGAUACAUCGAGCUGUUCAAGAGCACCGCCGCUGAGGUCCAACAGGUUCUGAACAGGUACUCGUCGGCGCCUCUGAUCCCCGUCGCACCUGCCCCUUUGGUGUCGGUGCUGCCCACGGUGUCUCUCCUGCCCCCUCCUGGUGGUGUAAGGGACUGCUUACGGCUGAGGGGUCUCCCCUACACGGCCUCCAUAGAGGACAUCCUCACCUUCCUGGGAGAGUUCACGCACGACAUCCGACCCCACGGCGUGCACAUGGUGCUUAACCAACAGGGCCGCCCGUCGGGCGACUGUUUCAUCCAGAUGACCUCGGCGGAGCGGGCGUUCCUGGCCUCCCAGCGGCUCCACAAGCAGGUGAUGCCCGGCCAGCGCGGGGUCCACAGCCGCUACGUGGAGGUGUUCCCGUGCAGCGCCGAGGAGAUGGGCCUGGUUCUGAUGGGAGGCUCGCUGUCGCACACACACACACACACACAAAGCCGGAGCAGGAGUGGGACAGGGCUCAGCCCGCCGCCAUGUAAGUCCAGACGUCUGUCCCCGCCAACCUACUCCUUCACCCCUGUUCCCUCGGUCCUGCCCACGGAGGCCACGGCCCUCUACCCUCCUAUUGGUCAGGUGUUGCUGACUCCCCGGCCCCUGCCCCCCGCGCACCCCUACUACCCCGCCACGCCUCAGCUGUACAUGAACUAUGCAGCCUACUACCCCAGCCCACCUGGUUCUCCCACUGCUGUAGGUUUCUUCCCCUCCCCCCUCUCCUCCCCCGGGGGGUUGGUGCGCAUGCCCAGCCUGACCUACAGCAACGGAGUCAAAGACCUCAUUAGCACCGUACAGGGAUACCAGAGUCCCGUUGAGUCGGUUCCUCUCCUGAACAGCAGUCUGAUUGGUCAGUCCAGCGGAGGCGACGUUCCCCUGAUGCCCCUCCCCCCUCUCAUAACCAAGCCGGGAGGGCAGUACCUGGACCUGACCCUGCUGUAG